UUUAUUUGUGUACGUUGCAAGUUGUGUGUAUAGUCUGAGUCUCGUUCGUUAUCCAUGUCCAUGGAGUAACUAACUCACUACUGAUGAAAUGUUGCUUCCUGCAACUCACUUCCACUACUUCCCCACCUUUCCUCCUCCUCCUCCUUCUUCUUCUUCAUUCUCCCUUUUCCCUUUUCAAAUCCCCAAAACCAAAUCCAAAUUCCUCAUUCGCUGCUCCGACACUGAAACCCUCCCCGACUCCGCCAUUCAGAGAAUCGCCGACAAGCUCCGCACCCUCGGAAUCACCGACGAAUCCCCCGCCACCACCUCCACCUCCACCUCCACCUCCACCUCCACCGCCGCUCCCUCUUCCUCCUCCGGCGCCGGCGAGAUCUUCGUGCCUCUGCCGCAGCACCUCCCGAAUCGGCGCGUGGGGCACACGAUCGACCCGAGCUGGACGAAGCAGGAGAGGGGGGAGGAGCGGGUGCCGACGCUGGCGGAGCUGAGCCUGUCGAAUGCGGAGAUUCGGCGGCUGACGACGGCGGGGCUGGGGAUGAAGCAGAAGCUGAGGGUGGGGAAGGCGGGCAUCACGGAAGGGAUCGUGAAUGGGAUUCACGAACGGUGGAGGAGUUCCGAGGUGGUGAGGGUCGUGUGCGAGGAUCUCUCUAGCUUCAACAUGAAAAGGACUCAUGACUUGUUGGAGAGAAAAACUGGAGGCCUUGUUGUUUGGAGAUCUGGAAGUAAGAUAAUAUUAUACCGAGGGACUGAUUAUAAGUACCCUUACUUUCUAUCUGAUAAAGUUUUGCAAGAUGACAACACUGGUGGUGCUUUGCAACAAACUGAUGAGGAUGAUCAAAAUUGUGAUAACCGAGAGAGCCACUCCUCUGAAAAGAAUUCAGUGACAUAUGCUGGGAAAAGUUCAAAUGUCAAAACAGCAAAACCAGCUUUAAUACAAGGUGUUGGCAGUCCCAAUAAAUUACGAUUUCAACUGCCGGGUGAGGCAGAGCUUGCAAAAGAUGCAGACUGCUUGUUAACAGGGAUCGGGCCACGAUUCACUGAUUGGUGGGGAUAUGACCCUCUGCCUGUUGAUGCUGAUCUUCUUCCAGCAGUUAUUCCUGGAUAUAGGAAGCCUUUUCGCCUUCUUCCAUAUGGUGUGAAGCCUAAAUUAACAGAUGAUGAAAUGACCGCAAUGAGGAGACUUGGCAAACAUUUACCAUGUCAUUUUGCUUUAGGUAGAAACAGGAAACUUCACGGAUUGGCUGCUGCAAUUAUUAAGCUUUGGGAAAGAUGUGAGAUUGUUAAGAUUGCUAUAAAGAGAGGUGUGCAGAAUACUAACGGUGAGGAGAUGGCUGAAGAGAUAAAGCAUCUGACUGGAGGUACUCUCCUUGCUCGGGAUAAAGAAUUCAUCGUUUUCUAUAGAGGAAAGGACUUCUUGCCAGCUGCAGUGUCGUCAGCAAUUGAACAGCGGAGGAGUAUCGGACUGUACAAACUGAAGACUGGAAACAGUUUGUCAGCUACAGUUACUCCAGACCUGAAAGAUGGAACCAUAGAGUGUGAUUCUGAGGCAGCUAUUAAAAAUACUAGCGUCAAACUGUCAAUGGCACUAGAAGAGAAAGCAAAGGCUGAAAAACUUCUAGCAGAGCUGGAAAAUGCAGAGAGCCCCCAAGAAGAAAUCAAUAAAGAGAAUAUUACUAAAGAAGAGAAAUACAUGUUGCGGAGGAUUGGCUUGAAGAUGGAUCCCUUCCUUUUACUAGGUAGACGAGGGGUUUUUGAUGGAACGGUGGAAAAUAUGCAUCUUCAUUGGAAGUAUCGGGAACUUGUGAAGAUAAUAUGUAAUAAACAGCUAAGCCUGGAAGAUGUCCAACGGAUAGCUCAGACCUUAGAGGCAGAAAGCGGUGGAAUAUUAAUUGCAGUAGAAAGAGUGAACAAGGGCUAUGCAAUCAUUGUGUAUCGCGGAAAGAAUUAUAGUCGGCCUGCAAGUUUGAGGCCUCGGACACUUUUAAAUAAAAAGCAAGCAUUGAAGCGCUUUAAAGAAGCACAGCGCUGUGAGUCAUUGAAGCUCCAUGUUUUGAAGCUAGAUAGGAACAUAAACGACUUGAAACUUCAAAUGGUUAAAGAUAUGGAGGCAAACAAGAAGCAGACUUCUGCUGACAAUCAACAAGCAACACAGGAUCAGCCAGUUGAGCUGAUUCACAGUGAUGGUCAAGCUGAACCAGAAAAUUCCAUAAAUUGGAAUUCUACUAAAGAAGCUUCUGUUUACAAUCAACAAGCAAUACAGGAGCAGUCAGUUGAGCUGCUUGAUGGUGGUGGAGCUCAUCAAAGUGAACCAGAAAAUUCCAUAAAUUGGAACUCUCCCAAAGAAGCUUCUGUAGUUUAUCAACAAGCAAUGCAGCAGGGGCAGCCAGUUGAGCUGAUCGAUAGUGGUGAAGCUCAUCAAGGUGAAGCAGGAAAUUCCAUAAAUUGGAAUUCUAAAGAACCUUAUGUUGACGAUCAACAAACAAUACAAGAGCAGCAAGUGGAGCCGAUUGAUGGUGGUGGAGCUCAUCAAGAUGAACCAGAAUCCUGGUCUGGUUUGAUUCCUAAAGAAACAAAGUUGGAUGGAGUUAGUGAUUCUGUGGUUGAUACAGAGCAUUGCUUCGCUAAUAGCAAGGUAAUGGAAUCAUCAAUCAUAGCAUCUAAGAGGGAUGCUGAACUAUCGGCUCCAUUGACAGAUAUGAGUUCAAAUGAGUUUCCUUCUAGAUCUGUAUAUCUUUCCAACAGAGAGAGACUUCUUCUACGAAAGCAGGCAUUGAUGAUGAAAAAGCGACCUGUCCUUUCCGUAGGAAAGAGCAAUAUUGUAACUGGUCUUGCGAAAGUAAUCAAAGCUCACUUCCAGAAGCACCCUCUUGCCAUAGUUAAUGUCAAAGGAAGGGCAAAAGGGACCUCAGUUCAGGAGGUGGUGCUCAAGCUAGAGCAAGCAACAGGUGCGGUUCUAGUCUCUCAGGAGCUUAACAAAAUCAUACUUUACAGGGGUUGGGGGGAAGAAGAGAAACCUAGCUCCGCAAUAAAUGUUAAUAAAGUGGAUAAAGAGGGAGAGACAAAGCUCCGUGUCUCUCCUGAACUUUUGGAAGCAAUCAGAGUUGAAUGUGGAUUGGAGUGACAAACAUAACAUUGCAGCUCUUUACUGAUCAUUUUUUUUUAACUUAUUGCCAUAAUUUUUUUUAUCAACACUAGGAUUUAUAGGAGAUAGAGCUACGAAGUCAAAGAAAGUUGGGCUGCUGAUAAAUAUUGUACAUUUGUACCGGGAGGAAGAACACCAGACAGGAACUGGAUAAGGAACAAGAAAUAGACAGAAUGGGAGAGCUUUAAUUAUUCUUGAAGCCGUUUUGGCUCGAGUCCUUUAAUACCUUGUGUGUUUGGUUUAUAGUUCCAAAAUUGAGUUGAACUAAACUUUCUAAAUUUAAGUUUAGUUUAAAAGCGAGUUUAAUUUGACUUGAUUUA